CACCUGCGGAUUUUUCUCUGGACUAAAUACUUUCGCCUAAGGAAGCUCACGAGUUGCUACCCGAUGAACACACCCCUUAGAUUAAAGGUACUUUCAGGAGUUUGCUUUCACGCCUGCCCCAGCUUGUUCGAAGUAAAAUAACAAACCGUGAACUUUUGAGCGUUACCACAUCGGGACAGAAGACAGUUAACCUGUUUAUUCCUGCAACACCUGCGACAAAGUGAAAGUAAAUGUAAGACGACGGCUGAAUGCAUGAUUUUUGUCAGCUUUUCUAAAAUGGCUCGUUGGUAUUUCCUGGUCUCUUUCAUCUGUACCUCGUGUAUUGUUGCAGGACAGUUUCCAAAGUAUGCACUCAAGGGGCACCCGGUCUUGUUGAAACCAGACAUCUCUGGACACCCUGAUGGUAUUUUGUGGAAGCAUAAUGGCAACAAAGUGGUGGAGUUUAAUGGCAAUGAGGAACAUGUGUACAAGCCAUUUAAAGACAGGAUCACUCUUGACUGGGUGUCUGCAGAACUCGACAUCGCUAACCUCAGAUUCGAAGACAGUGGAGAGUAUGAACUGGAGGUAGAAAUUAACAAAGGACUUCGUCGUUCACUUUACAAAUUGGAGGUCAUAGAUGAAGUCGCCAAGCCCACCAUAUCCUGUGAGAUGAACGAUGGCGGCAGUUCUAACGGAUCGGGAAAGCUGGUGUGCUCUGCAGAGCCCAGACAACCUCAGUCCUUGAUGACGUUUGAGUGGAGAUCAAAAGAAAAAGUGCAGCCUGGCCCAAACUUAACAAUAUCUCUGGGGGGGAGACAUGACGAUGAAGUAUACAGUUGUAAUGUGAGCAAUCCUCUGAGUAGCAAAGCGGCUACAUUCACUGCAAAGGAUUGUUACUCAGCAGACAAAAGCUCAUCUACAGCCAUAAUUGCCAGCGUGGUCUGCAUUCUCUUAAUUGUGCUCCUGGCUCUGGGCAUUACGCUGUUCUGCAAACUACGCCCUAAAGUUCUAGCAUGUUUCGCAAAAGAUGAUUUGGAAAAACAACCACCUGUUACAACAGAAGGGUCAGAUAAGAGAAAAGCUCCGGAAAAAAAACCUCUUCUCCACAGAGAGUCAACACUUCUUUCCACUCAGCCACUUGGCCAUUUGGUCCAAGUACGUGAUAUGGGUCAAGAAGAAGAAAUACCACAAAAAGGGUACGUCCAAAAGAUAAAAAUGCUGUUUGAGCCGAGUAAUUGUGGACAGACUUUGCCUGAAAACUUACUGAAAGGAAAAAACACAGAUGAGCAUGAGGAAAUGGCAUCUCCUCCCUCCCCUCCAUGUAGUGAGUCACCUUCUUCUCUGGAUCGGAAUAAUUUUACUAGUAAUGACAAAGGUGAUGUGGAUGCAGAGCAACUAGGAGAACCCGGAGAGGAAACAGUCCCACGGUGUGACCCCUCAGACUCUGAGAAGGCAAAUGAAGCAGACCCAGCUGUUGUGCCGGACAACUUGAGUGAGAAUGGACAGUCUGAUCGCCCCGGUACUCCUGAGCAGCCAGAGCCAGAGAAAGAGGCAGAUGAGGACGAGGUUGAAGUUGAGGAAGUAUCAUCUGCUGCUGCCGGUGAUGAAACUUCUGCUGCUCAACCAAAGUCCCCUUUGACCGAAAACUCUCUGAAUGCAGAACCUGAGGACGCCAACACAGAUCAGGUCAUUGGAGAAACCGCAGGGAAAAAUCUCAACGAAUCUGACUCAUCAGUUGAAGGGGAAAGAAAUAAAUUAGACGACUCUAGUAAGGACAAACAGUUGACCACCGUUCCUGCUGCUCCUGCUGGUGAUGAAACUUCUCCUGCUGCUCAGCCAGGCUCUCCUUUGACUCAAUGCUCCCCAAAUGCAGCACCUGAAGACACGGCUGGUGAACACAAAGAAGACACCAACUCAGAUCAGGUCACUGGAAAAACAGCAGAGAAAAAUACCAAAGAAUCUGAUUCAUCAAGUGAAGGGGAAGGAGAUGAAUCGGAAAACUCUGAGGACAAACAGUCAACCACUGUUCCUGAACAGAACGGUUCAGAAACAUCACUACAUGGCCAAGAUGUAAACCAGCCUCGGGAAGAGGAGCACACAAGCAAAGACAACCAGCAAGAAACAGUCAAACCAGUUUCUGAGGUUGAAAAUGAAACAGGUAAUGUGGGUGACUGUGAAGAGGCCACCUCCCAGCAGCCUCAGGGCCCGCCCCCAACCAAACCAGAUGACAUAAAUACUUCUACCAGUCAAGUGUCCCCAGAUGCUGCAGAUGCAGACCCAGUUCAGGAAGAAGAGGAGAAGCAGAGCUACGGCUCUGACAGACAAUUACAGAAAUGUGAGGGUAACGCUGUCGAAGACGAAAAUGAGGUCCACUGUGGCCCAAAAGAAGAAAAACCAGACAAUGAGCACCUCAGUGAAGAUAAAGUGGGACAAAAGAAAGACGAAGUUGUUGCAUAGGCAUUCAUGCAACCUGUCAACCUGAAAAGAGAAAAUCUUAAGGGGGAAGCAGAUAGUGAAAGUGAAAGCUGUAAAUACAGCACAGCAGCACGCAAUAAGGGAAUAACAUCAAUACACAGAUAUAAAGGCAGAGUUAAAAGAGUUUAGAUGUACAAAUGCAGACAAAUGUUUGUUUUGGGAAUGUAAGAAGACACGUCAUACAUUAAGAAAAGAAGCAGACAGUUAUGGGUGGUUCCUCUGUCACUUUUUUAAUGUAACAGUUUCAUUAAAACCAGUUAUACCAGUAUGUUCACUAGAUAGCUGAUAAAAAUGCAGCCGAGAUCAUCAUCUUGUGCACAGCAAAAACGUCAGUCGGAGCGCUGUCAUGCACCUGAAUCUACACGAGUUAACCUCAUGCAGAAAAAAAUCUGUUUUCUAUAUUUCGCUUAAGAUUUCCUUUUUUUUUAAAACUUCUUCUCUACCUUUAAUAUUAUUUUUGUAAUGUCUUUGUUAUGUAAUGUGACUUACAUCUGCAUUGUACAUUUAUUUUUUUAUUGUAUGUCUUUAAACACUACGAAAAAAAAGUAUCUCAUUAUUGUAGGAUAUGGUGACUAUAUCUACAUGUAUGUUUUUUUAUGGAUCAAACUAUUAUGAUUAAGAAAUAAUGUGUUUAACUAAUUAGAUUAACAUUUUAUAUAUUUUUUAUAAUUUUAUAAAUGUCAUACUCAUAGUGUGAGUUUACUCAUAAGGAAGACUUUCUUGUGUAUGGGAAGCUUAGUUGGAGGUAUCUUGUGACUGUGACAAGGUUAAAACUACAGAUCUUUGCUCUUUAAAAAUCAAAACACCAUAGUGAAGGUGUGUGAGUGUAAAAUCAUCACACGCAUCACAUCAUCCUCUUGGAUUCAUAAACGACUGAAAAAUAUUUGUGCUGUUAUGAUGUUGAACAUAUAUAGGAUAAUGCACACUUUGUUGUUUUCCAGUGGUAAAUUUGGUUGUUAUAGCAACUCAAAGACAGAAAUAAAUACAGAUAAGCAGCCUGCAGAGAGUAAAGAAAUAUGAGGGAUAUAAAGUAAAAAAUAGAAUAAAAAAUAAAAGUGACAGUGGUGCGAUUAUUAGCAGCAGAGUCAACAAUCUCUGAUACCAAAACGAUGGUUGCUUGUCUAAUAUUUGUUCCUGCAUGGGUUUAAAAAGUGUUUUAUACAGUUCUUUAUUUUUUAUUGAGACCAUCUUGUUUUUGCUCAUUUGUGGCUGUGAUGAUAUUUGAAUUUUCUGGGUUAAACACAGGGUAUAUUCAUCAUUUUUGGUUUUCAUUAAUUUUAUGUGAUUUCCGUGCACGACACUACAGUUACACUUGUGUUUUGUUUCUUUCUCUUGCAGCUGUUUUUCACUGAUGCUGAAUGUUUCACUGCACUAGUAAAGGCCACAGUGAGAUGUUUACUUCCAGUUUCUUUUCUUUUUGUUAAAAAUAAAAGCUCAGAUUCCAAUGUUUUUAAAAGAAA